AUGUCGAAACUCGCUCCGAAGAAGGCAUGGUUGAGGGAAGCGGGUGUGUCUGUAUCUCGAUUCGCAUCGCGUUGCUACACAAGACUCUGCGAGGUCAAAAGCAAGAUACCAUGGGUCAAGUCGAUCAAAUUCAACUUCAUCUUCUUCCAUUACACCUACAUCCUCGGGGUCACCAUCGUCGGAUCAAUCUAUCUCUAUCCCGGCGGACACUUGUCCUAUACCGAUGCGUUGUUCCUGGCGGCAGGUUCUGCGACUCAAAGCGGGCUGAAUACUGUUGACUUGAAUCUCAUUUCUACAUAUCAACAGGUGGGACUAUGGCUGGGUUCGAUGAUCGCGAAUCCCAUCGUUAUCCAUUCAUCGGUCGUUUUUAUCCGCCUGCGGUGGUUCGAGAAGCGAUUCCAACAUGUCGUGCGAGAGGCGAAAAUGUUGAGAAAAACGCGCACGCGAACAAGAUCGAGGGCCGUGCCCACCGAUACUGAUGCUGCCAAUCGAGCAGAGAUGGGCGUACGGGGCCGGAAUAUAACGGUGUUGCGGAACAGUGAGGGCCAGGCUUUGGGGCGUUUUAUCGAGGAGAACAAACGGAAAAGCGAAGGAAACUCGGACCAUGGUAACUUGACGCCAACGGAUGGAGUGAGUGACCAGAUUCUGCCUGCAGAAAUCGAACACUCUGGCGCAGCGGAGGCGCCUCUGGACAGCUCCACAGACAGCACUCGACCUUAUCCGGCACAGUACGGUGCUGAACACCAUAUCUCCUUUGUUGAAAACCAGAGACGGCAAACCUCAGCGCUCAGGAUACCUAGUCCUCGUGAAUUCGAUAGAGGCGGAGUACCCGAGGCCGUUGAUUAUGGUGAUACUCUCAUGCGGAGGAGGACUUCUCGAUCAGACCAAGGAGACCCUUUGAAGCAGCUCCCUUCCCCAAGACAGCACAUCACCAUAGACGAGCCAAACAUCGCACGUUCUCGACGAGCCACGACAUUUCCUCCCGUCAACUCUCGCUUCACUGGUGAUAAUGACGCCGCUUACAACCAAGAGCCCACCCCUGAACAGCGACUGCGGCGUAGAAAGGGGACACUUGCAUCCUUCUUCUUCUUCGGUACCCACGUUGGGGCCCGGGAUGCACCUUAUCUGAGCUGGCAACCUACGAUUGGGAGGAACUCGGCGUUUGUUGAUUUGAGCGAGGACCAGAAAAAUGAACUCGGCGGUAUUGAAUACAGAGCAUUGAAGACACUAGCCUACGUUUUGGCCGGGUAUUUCUUCUUCUUCCAUAUCCUAGGGAUCGUCUCUUUGGUCCCUUGGAUUUUGCAUACGCACUGGGGCAAAUUCGUCACCCGGGUUGGUGUCGGUAGGCCCUGGUGGGCCGUUUUUAUCUCAGGAUCCGCGUUCAACGAUCAAGGCUUCUCGCUUACUCCCGAUUCCCUUGCGUCCUUUUAUGAUGCUAUAUUCCCCUUGCUGCUGAUGACUUUUCUCAUCAUUAUUGGCAACACUGGAUUUCCUUGCAUGCUUCGUUUCGUUAUUUGGCUAUUCUGGAAAAUAUUCCCCAAGCACACGGCUAUUUGGGAAGAACUACAUUUUCUCCUGGACCACCCGCGGCGAUGUUUCACUCUUUUAUUCCCCAGUUCUGCCACAUGGUGGUUGUUUUGGGUCCUGGUGAUCUUGAACGGUACCGACCUAAUCCUUUUCAUUAUCUUGGAUCUGCAUGAUCGCGCUGUCUCGAGUUUACCCGGCGGAAUACGAUUCGUGGACGGGCUCUUUCAAGCGGCAGCCACGAGAACCGCCGGCUUGUCCGUGGUCAGUCUCUCGGCGCUCCAUCCGGCAGUCCAGGUCUCGUACAUGAUCAUGAUGUAUAUAUCCAUCUACCCCAUCGCGAUCUCGUUACGGAGGACGAACGUGUACGAAGAAAAGAGCUUGGGUAUCUACUACAGCGGAGAAGAGGAGGAGGAGGAGUAUGAAGAUCCGGCCAAAGAACCAAGCUAUGUCGGCUCACACUUACGAAGACAGCUUGGAUUCGACAUUUGGUACAUAUUCCUGGGUCUAUUCGUCAUCGCCAUCGUCGAGGGCUCACGCCUUCAGGAUGACCCUCAGUUCACCAUGUUCGCAAUCCUCUUCGAGGUCGUGUCUGCAUACGGCACCGUCGGCUUGUCGCUCGGAUACCCCAACACCAACACGUCCUUUUCUGCACAGUUCAAAGUCAUCUCGAAACUGGUAAUCAUCGCCAUGAUGAUCCGAGGAAGGCACCGUGGGCUACCGUACCAGCUCGAUCGCGCCGUUCUUCUCCCGUCGGAAGCCCUGCAUGAGAAAGAGCUUCGCGACGCCGCCAUGCGGAUGAAGCGCCGUGGUUCGGCGUUUAGUACUGCUGCGUCUCGCCGCGCGAGUUCGAGGGAUGGCUUCAGCGGGACCACUUCUGGGUGGCAGCACAGUCCGUCUGGUGGUGCGUGGACGCUUUCCCAGGGCAACGCAGUUGCGAGAUUACCUCUUCAUCGGAGCGGGAGCCGCUAG